AUGAAAUGCCAUUCUCAACCCUACAUUGUCAUUUCUCCGUCGGUCCACGGUUUGAUUUGCUAUGGACCUCCUUCUAAGCUCAUGAUAUACAACCCUAGCACGAGACGAUCCAUUGCUUUGCCCAAGAUUGAUUCUCAUAGAUUACGUAUGUACCAUUUCUUGGGUUAUCAUCUCAUAGAUGGUGAACACAAAAUCUUGUGUAUGAGUAGAGGCAUGCAUGUUCGUAGGGGACGUGGCUUAGCUCACAAGAUUCAAGUUUUGACAUUGGGAAAUGGGAACUCGUGGAGGAUGAUCAUGAUUGUCCUCCCCACUCUCCUGAAUCAACUCAUAUAUGUAUAG